GUGUUUAUCAUGGGGAGUUGAGUGGCAGUCGCGUUCUUUGAUAGACCACUUGCAAGCGGUCCCCUCCUGGAUUUGCCUAUUUGCUGUUGCAGCUGCAAAAAAUCUGCCACUUGUGGAUAUGAUUUCGAUUCGCGACCAAGCCUCUCGGAGCUUGAGCUUAAGUUGAAGUGCGAUUACAGAGGAUUAAAAUGCUUAUCAAGGGUGAACGAGGUAUUCCUCUGACGGCCCAGCAGCCGAGGAUGGCGCAGCAAGAGUGGGUCACCAGAAUGUCCCACGAUCAAAAGUUCAUUUCGAGCACCCUGUUGAGCGACGGCCACAAACAAAGGGAGGCCAUGACAGAGAGCACCGUCGUCGUCUACUAUCAAGGCAGCCACAUUGGAAAACAAAAAAAUAGUGAUGCCAGCAUGAGGGGUGCGAGAAGAGUGGUGGCCUUUUGCCUGCUCACGGCGGCAAUUCCUACCAUGUUGGUCAUUUUGCCACUGUACCUGAGAAACACUGUGUUCGCCGAGAGAAAUUUUUCGUUGACUGAGUCGGACGUCAUGCCACUUGGAGAUGGCAUUUCUCCAUUCUUUUGCCAGGGUCAUAGCAUCAGAGCAGCUGUAGGGAGAUUUUCGGCCCACCAAAUGAUAGAGGAGCCUGGGAUUUCUGAUGAGUGGAGGACGGCAACAAUCGAGAGGGAAAUGGUCAUCCCUGACGACAGACUGGAGUACUGGGGCUUCCAUCUAAUGCCAAAAUCCCAUUUGAACGUCGCUGUGUGUGCAGGGUCUCCCGGUGCGCGUCUUUUAGUGGUGCGAGGGGAGAAGAAUCUCGAGUUGUGCGGCCUCCUGCAACCCCCAUUGUCCUUGGAGGCUACAACUCCAUCCAUAGUCAACAAUGACGAGAUUACCUUUGAGGAACACCUUGAGGAGACAGGACCAGUUGACCCAGACGAAGCCGAGAACACAGGUGCCGAAAUCCUGGACAAUUUCGAUUUGGACGCUGCUCAAAACGAAACGGAGGAGCACCACAAGCACCGACAUGAACGGAGUCGCUUGAGGGCCAAGUUGGCCAAAAUCAAAAGGGAGACUCCGGCCGACGAGGAGGCGACGACUAAACGAACAAAGUUCAACCACUUGUCGGACGCAGCGCAUUUCGAAGGGGCCAUCGAACACGGUGGAAAUGCGGAUUGGAACAUCACCGAACCAGAAGGUGGUGGUUCCUCUGUGUCCAGUUUUGAGGCUGGACUUAUGACUUGUUUUAAGGGCAAAACAUUGUUCCAAAGAGGAUUUGAAUCAAGUGGCAAAAUGUGUGAAGAAGCCGACUGGACGGGUUCCAUGCAUUUGAGCCAAACAAUUCGGACCCAGGGACAUUUUUACUACGUUUUCUACUCAGACAACGACCUCGACAUCAACCACAUUAAGGCGCGUUUCUUCAUCAACGCGACCAGACUUGACUUCUCGUCUGCCCCCUACAGAUGCCAAAAUGCAACAGAAUGCACUUUUACUAGGGACUUUUUGGGAGGAGACGGUGUCGUUUACAUCGAGGCAGAGUCCGACCUGGAACUUGUGUCCACCUGCGAACCGAGGAUUGCCGUCUACCUCAUGUUCCCAGUGUGUGCAAUUGUGUUUGUGCUGAUUUUUGGUCUGCUGUAGGCCGCGAAAGUUGUGAUAAUACCAAAUAUUCCCCCUAUGUGUGUAGAAUAUUUUAUGAAAAAAAAUAAACGCUCUAAAGAAGCUGCAAGACUGAAAAACUUACCGCCAAGUUUGAUAAUUACGUGAAAAGUUUUAUAAUUUGAUAAGGAGAGCUGCGUUCAAGCAACUUAGUGGACAGAUUUGAGAAAUGACAACAUUUUAUUUAUAGAAAUUAAAUGCUAUCAAAAAAUAUAACAAUAAUAACGACAUGGAGAUGAAAAUAAUCUAAUUAAUCAAAAGUAAUGAUUAGUAAAUGAAAAUAAAAAUGGAAGAAAUUUACUACGAAUUUUCAACUGCUGCUCAUUUAAUUCGCAUCACCUGUUGAAAACGUGACAGAGAAAAAGACUAGAGGGAACAUUAAAAUUAUUUCGCAACAUUUCGCUGACGUGCAAGGCCAACAGUGUGUUGCUCUCUUCCUGUUGCCGAUUCGUUUUUCCUGUGUAUCAGUAUUUCCAGCAGCGCAGCCAUGAAGUUUUUAAUACUAGCAUUGACUACCCUCUGCAUAUUUGGCGCAGUUUUUGCGGCUCCAAAAGAAUCUGUCGAAAAUGAUGGAAAAAAGGAAGAAGUGGAGGUGCAGGGAGAGAAGGACGCUGAAACAAAAUUAGUGCGUCCUGCACCACCGAAAUCAGCAGGUGUUCAAGGAAACGGGAAAAAUGAUGGGCAACAAAAGCAGCUAAGAGUUUCCAGAAAGUUACAGAAAACUAAUUCAAAAUCUAGGAACGGAAAUAAAAAUGGUGUCAUCAGGAGUAAGUCCGGUAGGCAGCAGUCUGGUGUUCGUUCUGCAGGAACAAAGGGCAAGGCUGGAAGACAGAGUGGAAGCACCCCUGAUUAUUACGGCGCCUACGACUACAAUUAUUACAACUACAACUCUGGAGGCAAUGGUGGUGGUGGCCGCAGGAAAAAGCAUGGCAAGGGCGGCUCGUCUGAAGAAAAUUAGUAGAGGAGAUCAUGGAACGCGGUGCAUAAAUCACCACAGUUAUAAACUCUCUAUUUUGAGGAAGAAAAAUUAAAAUUCAAAGUCUAAUUUGUUUUCAUUGACAUUUAAAAGAAUAAAAUUAAAUAAAAAUUAGGAACAAAA